UCACAAACAAUCCACUCUGUCCUCUUCAGCCAUUGCUUUGGUAGAAGACUGCCGUCAGUUUGGGCUGAAACUGAAGGACUGCAGCAGCCAUGCAGCUGGCUGAAGCUGGAUGUGUGUUUAUGGGUUUCAUCCUGUACAUCUCAGGGGCUCAGGGACGAGCAAACAGCAUCUGUGCCUUGAAGGGUUCAUCAGUGGAUCUGCCCUGCUCAGCCCAAAAGCCCACUUCAAGCAUGAAAUGGUACACUGAACACUUGGAAGGAUCUAAACGUGUUCAGAAGGAGCUCUCUGUAGAUGAAAAUCAUGUAACGUACAAUAUGUCAGAAGGAAGCGACUUAACUUUAACAAUCAAAGGUGUGAAUGAGAGUGAUGCAAAGUUUUACUGCUGCAGAGAAACUGACCAACCAGAACUCUGCUGGCACAACACAACUGAGCUCCAUGUUGCAGACCUGCAGGUGAAGGUGAUUCCCACCACAGAAGGACAGACAGUAACACUGAUGUGUAGCACCAGCUGCCCUCUGACUGAAAACCCUGCAGCCUACAUCUGGUACAAGAACAGAGAGUUUCUCUAUCAGGACUGGUCUCCCUGGUACCAAAAUCUGGUCAGCAGUGAGGAAGCAGUCAGGUACUCCUGUGCUAUCAAAGGCUACGAGGAUCUCAGAGCCCCUGAAGUCUCAGUGGAUUCUGUCACACCUACCUGCUUUAAAGUGACCUACGCUAAAGGGAGAAUGUGUUCUUAUACACAGAAAUCAGUGGAUGAGCCCUGCUCCAUCACAUAUCCGAGAGAGGUAUACAUUACAAGGACUCAAGUGAAGAACCGUAACACACUGACCUGUGACACCAGCUGCCCCACGGCUGACCCUCAAACAGCUUAUAGGUGGUACUUGAACAAGCAGUUAUUCAGUCACUGCGAGAGUCAAGCUAUCACACUUUUACACUCAUAUUUUGAAAUCUACUCCUGUGCUGUCAAAGGCCAUGAAAAUCUGCGCUCUGAUGAAAAUUGUCUCAAUUCUAAAUACUGUUGGAGUGUGAAUUAUGUCAGCAGGAGAAUUUGUGCCCUCGAAGGUUCCUCAGUGAAUAUUUCAUGUGAAUACUCACAGGCGAGCAAUCAGCAUGCCAGCAAAAUAUGGAAUAAAGUCAAGAGACUUGAUGAGGAGGAUGCUGAAAUUUUGACCGAGGAUGCCGGUCGUGUGGAGUAUCAUGACCACAUGGAGAAGGAACACAUGCUGAGAAUCAAUAACCUGCAGAGGAAUGACUCAGCAGAAUACACAUUCAGGCUCCAGAUGUAUGACGAACGAUGGACACAGUCUCAUUUACCUGGAGUGACUUUAGUUGUCACAGGUCUGAAAGUGACAUUUACUCCUGCUGCAGUGGUGACAGAGGGUCAGAGAGUCACACUGACCUGCAGCACCAGCUGCCCUCUGACUGACAACACAAACUACAUGUGGUACCUGAACAGUCGACCUCUGAUCCUGUCCGAGAACCAGAACAAACACCUGGUUCUGGACCCAGUCGGCAGUCAGCAUGCAGGAAACUACUCCUGUGCUGUCACAGCUCCUCAAAACAUCAGCUCUCAGAUAGAGACUCUGACUGUUCACCUGUUUCCAGGGAAACCAGUAGCGAUACUGAAUGCAGUAAAAUUGGCUGUUUUAUUACUGGUCCCACCUGCUGUAUUUCUCCUCCACCUGACGAUGAGGAAGAAGAAAGCCCCUGCUGCUGAGCUCAGUGACAAAGCACAAACUGGACAGAUGGACUCGCCGUACGAGAACAUCAGACUCAUGGCCGUGACUCCUGUCACGCAGACUGAAUCAGCAGAGCAGCAGGAAGCCAUUGUUUAAUAUCAGAAUUUUAGAUCUCCGUCUGAGGUGCUUUGCAGAGUGCAUACAAAAUGUAUGUCUUGUCCAUUAAGAUUGAAGUCAGCAAGAUAUUGAGAUAUUUGAGUACUGCAAAAAACAUCUGUAUGUAAGUAUGUGGUCCGAUCAAAGAUACAGUACAUCCAUUCGCUCUUGUACUUUCCUAUCUACUUCCUGCCUUAGCAACCACUUCAGGUCAGAUGCAAGGCUCUUAUCGAAUGUUGAUUCACAGCUCAUGGAGGUCAAAUGCAUGUUUAUGAUGUUGAUCUUGAAGUUUUUACGAUUCUCUUGUUAACUUCCUGUAGAACAAGUAGUAAAUGGUUGCAUACUGCUGCCACCAGUUUUGAUGUUAUGUCAAUCUUUUUCCUGUUAUACUUUAUAUGUUUUAUUGUCAUAUGUAUCUUGUUAAUACUUACUGUUACUGUUUAGUUUGUCUGGUAUAUUUGCAGUUAAUUGAAUUUCAGAUUAUGGCUCUUUGCUCCCUUGCUCUCUUGCUCAUAUUUAUUCAUUUUAUGAGUCUUUUACCCUGAUGUUUGAA